AUGUUGACUUUGUACUGUGCUGUUAUUGGUGAGUUGGGAAGCGCGUUCGAGGUAAAGAUCAACGAUGCUGAGUCCGUUUCAGCGUUGAAAAAAGCAAUUAAGAAGGAGCAGGAGUUUGACUUCGCGGCCAACAAAUUAGAGCUAUAUCUCGCGAAGAAAGACAAGGGCCGUGGCGCGUGGGUGACGGAAGAAGAAGCGAGGGGUUUGAAUGGCACAAGUGAUUUGGAGAUAUUGGACGUUGCGAGAGCACCGCUUAAAUUUGUUGGCUUAUCGGAGGAAGACGUCCGGUUUCAAGUCACGAAGGAAGACGUGAAGGCAAAAACGACUCCUGUCCACGUGCUAGUGGUGGUUCCGGGGAGUGCAGUGGAUGAUGGCGCUUGGAGCGCUAAGGAAUUUUCUACCGUGGACCCUCAAGUUCAACUAAAAAUGAGUGGUUGUGGAUUUAACGUCGACGCACUUGUAUCUGCUGACGAACUUGCACCUUUGGGUCGACGACACAUUCACUGA